AUGCAUCUCGUGAAGCCACAGUGGUUAACCCACCCAGGCGAUCUCAAAGACUUCGAAGUAUACAGCUGCCAUGUGUCGCCAGAUGGAUCGCGCCUGGUGACGGCCGCCGGAGACGGCUACGUGCGCAUAUGGUCCACCGAAGCAAUCCUGAACUCGCACGAUCCGAACUACACGAAGCCCAAGCAAUUGGCCGCCGUAAAUCAUCAUUCGGGCACCAUUCACACGGUGCGCUUCUCGCCGAACGGAAAGUACCUCGCGUCCGGUGCAGACGACAAGAUUGUCUGUGUAUACGCGCUCGACCCAAAUGCGCCGGCGCAUGUUGCAUUUGGUUCGAACGAAGUGCCGCCCGUAGAGAACUGGAGAGUGUUCCGCCGCCUAGUAGGCCACGACAACGAUGUGCAGGAUCUUGGCUGGGCGCAGGACUCCUCGAUUCUGGUGUCGGUGGGGUUGGAUUCCAAGGUUGUGGUCUGGUCUGGCCAUACAUUUGAGAAGCUGAAAACGCUAUCAAACGUGCAUAGCAGCCAUGUUAAGGGCAUCACUUUUGACCCCGCGAACAAAUACUUUGCGACCGCCAGCGACGACCGCACCAUCAAGGUCUUUCGGUUCAACUCCCCCGGGCCCAAUGCUACCGCGCAAGAUCAGGUUAACAACUACACGCUCGAAAAGAGCAUAACUGCACCGUUCCAGACUUCGCCCCUUACGACAUACUUCCGCCGCUGCUCAUGGUCGCCGGAUGGAGCGCAUAUAGCGGCUGCGAAUGCGACCAAUGGCCCCGUUAGCACAGUAGCAAUAGUAGCGCGUGGUUCAUGGGACAGCGAUACUAGUUUAGUCGGCCACGAAGGACCAGUGGAGGUUUGCGCGUUUUCCCCCAGGAUUUUCCACCGGGAACCACCUAAUCCCGAUCCGAAUGGCCAUCAACCUCAUAGCGUCACACUUGUUGCGUGUGCGGGCCAGGACAAGUGUCUCAGUAUCUGGAACACAAGUUAUGCGCGGCCAUUCAUGCUCACACAAGAGCUGGCUAUGAAAUCGAUAUCAGACCUAGCAUGGGCCCCGAAUGGGGAGACACUGUUUGUGACGAGCUUGGAUGGCAGCAUUCUUACGCUGGUAUUUGAGCCUGGAGAGCUUGGAUAUCCGGCCUCGUUAUCAGAGAAUGAGAAAUCACUGUCUAAAUAUGGCUCCGGUAGGCGAGCGGGAAUCAUCGAAAACACCGAUGCGUUACUCCUAGAAGAAAACAGCAAGAACAAUGAACUACAGGGCGUCCAGGGUAGAAUGGGCGCUCUCAUGGGCGACGGCGGCGCAGUUCAACCUCCCAUCACCAAUGGCAACAGUGCAUUGCCAAGCGCCCCUUCACUUACAAACGGCUCGUCAACAGCGCAACCCGCACUACCCGCCGAACCACCUGUCGAUGAACGUGUAGAGAAACUCAAACAGCGCGUUACAAUAAAGAACGGCAAGAAGCGCAUAGCUCCCAUGCUAGUAUCGUCUUCAUCUGGGGUUGGACCAUCUUCCCUUCCACAGACGCAGCUCAUCUCGGCGAACACUACAGCUGGUGGUAGCAACAGCAACCCGCACAGCAUUCUCGAUCUCUCCAAACCAUAUGACGGCUAUGCCAAAGGCGGUCUUACCGCCAUGCUCACCGGAAACAAAAGGAAGUUUGCAGAGAUCGAGGGUGACGAGGAUCACCAGGUAGAAAAGCGCCUUGCAAAUUCAGCCAAACCUGGUGGGGCGGCGAUUGUACUGAACAGCGAGAAUGGGCUCGUACCACCUGGAGCGAACAAUGCUGUCAGACCAAACGACGCAGGUCCCUCACAGGUUCUGCGUCCCGCAAUCGUCAACCCAGCGCUCACCGUCAGCCAAGUGCGCAUGGCUGUCCCAAAACUAAGAAGCAUCAUUGUUCGGACGGCGGAUGGCAGCGAGCCGCCACAGCCAAACGGCGCCAAAGCUGAUACUGAUACAGUGAUACUAGAGGCCAGGAACGCUACAGCGCCUUCAAGAACAGGACGCGCGCAAGACCACGAUCCAGCCAGGAUCACCUGCUCCAAGGAAGGAAAAAUGCUCUGGCAAGAUUUCCUACCCAAACCCGUACUCCUCGUAACAGGCAACACGAAUUUUUUCGCCGCCGCAUGUGAGGAUGGAUCCGUUUACGCCUGGUCUCCUGCGGGACGAAGGACACUGAAUGCUUUGAUACUCGAAGCACAGCCUGUCAUCAUGGACUGUCGCGGAUGGUGGUUGCUAGCAAUAAGCGCAGUCGGUAUGUGUUAUGUCUGGAACCUGAAGAAUAUGUCUGCACCUCACCCACCCAUCUCUCUAGCGCCUAUACUAGACGUUGCAGCACAUGCUCAGGGACCUCACUUGACAAGGUCACCCGGCAUCGUCUUUGCGCGCCUCAACUCUGAAGGCCGUGUCAUCGUUGCUAUGUCCAACGGCGACGGGUACGCAUAUUCACCAACAAUGUACGUCUGGCAACGCAUAUCCGAGCCUUGGUGGGCAGUUGGCAGUCAGUACUGGAACACCACCGAUUCGUCCGUUGGCAACGUCACCUCGAAGUCCGAUAGCAGCGCAGCUGGCAUAGAAAAGCACGACCAAGUCUCCAUCGAGAACAUCUCGGCUGGCAUCAUCCCCAUGCUUGAACGUAACACUACGAAUCAAUUCCUUCUGACCGGCCGCGCAUUCUACCUUCAGAGACUGAUUAAGGUGCUCAUUUCGGCGGAGGGCUACGAAAGCUUCGAAUCAUGUACCUCUGUUGCACACCUUGAGAAUCGUGUCGCUGCUGCGAGAGCGCUUGGCGCCAAGUCUGAGUUCAAGAUAUACUUUUCGAUGUACGUUAAGCGCAUUGGAGCUGAAGGCUUAAGGGGCAAAAUAGAGGAGCUGUUACGUGAUCUAUCACGAGGCUUGAUCGAAGAAGACGAGGACGAUGCCGCCUGCGAUCAAGAUAUUGCCGGCUGGAAGAGGGAGGAGCUACUGAAACAAGCAGUGGUCAUACUUGGAAAAUACCGCGAACUUCAAGGGAUCACCGUACCAUAUGCGAAGCUGGUCGGUAUCGUGGGCCCAGCUGCAGAAAGUGGCGAUCAGCAAAUGGGUGAUGUGUAG